AUGGAUCAGAUAAAGAAGGAGAUCGAGGCGGAUCCUUACGAGGCUUUAUUCGGGAGAAGGCUUGACCCAUUUAAGUCUUGGGGCAAGCAUGAGAAUAUUUUCUCUUCCCUGUUCCAGUCUCUUUUCGGUCAUGGGUCAAAGGCAGAAGCCGAGCCUAAAGUAACUGAUACGACUGCGCGCAUGAAGACUGAUGCCGCGCAUUCAUCUGAUCCUCGACCUAGUGGCAAACAGUCAGCCAGCCCCAGUAGCGAGGUCAACGCAUAUAAGGAGCCGGCGAAGGAUGAUUUUGGGAACUAUGAGUUUGAUCCCAUCACCGGCCGCAUGGUCCCGAAGAAGGGGGAAACUCGUGAGAGGUCUCAGGAUACCCCGUACACGGGAACUCCCGAUUCAUCGAUUCAUCCAAAUACAGUUCAAAGUGAGGGCGCCCAGAGUGCUGGCUUCCUCUCCCCAGUAGACCGCUCAGAAGCGCACCCGGACGAUAAAGGGGUUACAGGGGCUGCAGCCCAUGAGAACACCGUGCAAUCUGAAAUAGUCGAUGACCCGAGUCCUCAAAGUACCACACUAGGCCCAGGCCAAUUUGCCUAUGGCGACAGUCUCUUACCUGCGAAGCCAGGAAAUUCUGAUGAAAACAUCCUCAAAGAGCCAACUGAGCCUCGGAACACAACUACGGCUUUUACAAAGGGGGUACCAGCAUCGGAGAUUGAAACAGCUAACGAGCCGUUAUCAAUUGGCAAUACUCGUUUAGAGGCGGACAAUUUGCCUCCCUCCGCUAUUAACCAUCAAAAUGAAGGGUCAUCAGGCGUCCCAACGGAAACAAAAGAUCCAUUAGCUACACCACAUAGGACAUCGCACGAGCUUAAGCAGCAGGAAGAGUGGGUCACACAGGCAGAAAAAGCUGAAGAUCUGGAUAUUCUACGCGCCAGUGACAUUCGCACACCGUACGAGCUGAAGAAGGAGGAUGGAGAUCCGGAAGAGCAACUAAAGGACAAGCGGCGCAAACUGGACCUUGCCUUUGAGAUGGCCGAUGACCUAGUCAAAGACAUAGAUGCUCAAAGAAUUCGGGAGAAGUACAAAAUCCUUGAAGCUUCUAAAUCAAAAGAGACGGUUUUGGAGCCACUUGACUCACCAAAGGCUCAAUUGCACUCUCAGAGUUCGAUGACUGCAAGUACCUCCCUUCCUCGUCCUCAAGAAGACUUUCACAACGUAAGGAUUGGUCCAAAUCAUGAAUCCGAGAGGGCGCACGAUCAACCUAAAGUCUCUCCAAAUUGUCCUUGGGCAACAGCAACAUAUCGUGUUCUUGUAUACGACCCCUCUACCUUGCAGGUGGUGGAAGCAGAGACAAGCUCCUCACUGCAGUCGACCGAUAAGCUACUUUCACUCGCGGAAGUACUUUCUCGUCUGAGCCACCCUGCGAAGUUCGUACCGUACCUUGCUAAAAUGCGCGAUGACGGGUAUGAAAUUAUCUCUGGCGGCGAGGAUAUCCUUAUCUUUAGGAAGGUUUCCGAGAGUGGCUCAGUUAUGCUUUCGAAUACCCCAAGCCAUGGUGGUUCAGCAGGACGACUCACCUCCCCUCAAUCAGACUCCGAUGAAAAUAUCCGAGCGGCGACUGCUCCUUCUGACUCGUCUUCCAAUCCAGCCAUCGUAAGCACUGAUCAUGCGAAGGCUCGGCCCAGAGUUCGAACAGCACUCCGUAGGAUGCUCAUCAGUGGUGUAGCGACGGCGGGAACGUGCUACGCUAUCGGUGUCGUUGUUGAGUAUUUUCGCACUGGGGGGCAAGACGGACUGGGUAUUGAUGGAUUCACCGAGUUCGAGUCUGAAAGGCGUCGCAGAGACCGAGAAUAA